AUGGAGAUCAAAGAGGAAGGAGCAUCAGAAGAAGGCCAGCACUUUCUUCCCACACCACACGCAAAUGAUACUGGGGACUUCCAGUUCACAAGUAUUCAGAAGACGCCAAAUGAACCACAGUUGGAGUUCAUCCUUGCAUGCAAGGAUCUGGUGGCUCCCGUUCGUGAUCGGAAGCUGAACACACUGGUGCAGAUCUCAGUCAUCCACCCCGCGGAGCAGGGUCUGACAAGAUACUCGAGCACGGAAAUUGUGGAGGGAACAAGAGACCCACUGUUUUUGACUGGUGUCACAUUCCCAUCUGAGUAUCCCAUCUAUGAGGAGACCAAAAUAAAGCUAACAGUCUACGAUGUCAAGGAUAAGUCUCAUGACACUGUUCGAACCAGUGUCCUACCUGAACAUAAGGAUCCCCUGCCAGAGGUUGGGCGAAGCUUCCUGGGCUAUGCCAGUUUUGAAGUGGGGGAGCUUCUGAAGUCAAAGGAGCAGCUGCUAGCCCUGAGCCUGAGAACUUCAGAUGGUGGCAAAGUUGUUGGCACCAUAGAAGUCAGUGUCGUGAAGAUGGGGGAGAUUGAGGAUGGGGAAGCCGACCACAUCACCACAGAUGUGCAGGGACAAAAGUGUACACUGGUAUGUGAAUGUACAGCCCCAGAAAGUGUGAACGGAAAAGAUAACUUACCUUUUUUGAAUGCAGUGCUAAAGAACCCGGUGUGUAAAUUAUAUAGAUUUCCCACAUCUGACAAUAAGUGGAUGAGAAUCCGGGAGCAGAUGUCAGAGAGCAUACUUUCUUUUCAUAUUCCUAAGGAAUUGAUUUCUCUUCACAUCAAAGAAGAUUUGUGUAGAAACCAGGAGUUAAAAGAACUUGGUGAGCUUUCUCCACACUGGGACAAUCUACGGAAAAAUGUCCUUACUCACUGUGAUCAAAUGGUGAAUAUGUACCAACAUAUUCUGACAGAACUUAGCAAGGAAACAGGGUCCUCUUUCAAAUCAAGCAGCAGCAAAGGAGAGAAAACAUUAGAAUUUGUUCCAAUAAAUCUACAUCUGCAAAGAAUGCAUGUACACAGCCCUCACUUGAAAGAUGCUCUCUACGAUGUCAUCACUGUGGGAGCCCCAGCUGCCCAUUUUCAGGGAUUUAAGAAUGGUGGUCUUCGGAAACUACUCCAUCGAUUUGAAAUGGAAAGAAGAAAUACUGGAUACCAGUUUAUUUACUAUUCGCCUGAAAACACAGCCAAAGCAAAAGAAGUUCUCAGCAACAUCAAUCAGCUCCAACCUCUGAUAGCAACCCAUGCAGACCUACUGCUUAAUUCUGCAAGCCAGCAUUCUCCAGACAGCUUGAAGAAUUCUUUAAAGAUGCUUUCAGAAAAAACAGAGCUUUUUGUACAUGCCUUCAAGGAUCAGCUGGUCCGAAGUGCUCUUUUGGCCCUCUACACUGCCAGACCAGGAGGUGUCCUUAAGAAACCACCGUCUCCUAAGAACAGCACAGAGGAGAGCUGUCCCCAGGACCCACCCCCGCCGACGAGAAGGCAGGACUCCAUACCACAUCAUUCAGACUAUGAUGAGGAAGAGUGGGAUAGGGUGUGGGCCAACGUGGGGAAGAGCCUGAACUGCAUUAUUGCCAUGGUUGAUAGACUGAUUGAAAGAGAUGGCGGCAAUGAAGGCGGUGGUGGUGGCAGCAAAGAUGGAGAAAAGGACCCUUCUCUAGUGGACCCCAUCAUAACUCAUCCAAGGGAGGACUGGUAUGAACAGCUGUAUCCCCUCAUCCGUACCCUGAAGGACUGCAUGGGAGAAGUGGUGAGCCGAGCCAAGCAGUCCCUGACCUUCGUGCUCCUUCAGGAACUUGCGCACAGCUUGCCCCAGUGCUUGAUGCUGACGCUCAGAAGGGACAUCGUCUUCAGCCAAGCACUUGCUGGAUUGGUUUGUGGUUUUAUCAUUAAAUUACACACAAGUUUGCAUGACCCUGGGUUCCUACAGCAGCUUCACACAGUGGGAUUGAUAGUGCAGUAUGAAGGACUGCUAAGUACAUAUAGUGAUGAAAUCGGAAUGCUAGAGGACAUGGCUGUUGGCAUUUCAGAUUUGAAGAAAGUCGCAUUUAAAAUAAUUGAAGCCAAAUCCAAUGAUGUCUUGCCAGUUAUAACAGGAAGGCGUGAACAUUACGUGGUGGAGGUGAAGCUUCCCUCGCGGAUGUUUGAGGCACUGCCUUUGCAGAUUAAAGAGGGACAAUUGCUCCAUGUGUAUCCAGUACUUUUUAAUGUUGGAAUCAACGAACAACAAACUCUGGCAGAGAGGUUUGGAGAUGUCUCUUUGCAGGAAAGUAUUAAUCAAGAAAAUUUUGAACUUCUAAAAGAAUAUUACACAGCAUUUAUGGAAAAGAUGCCACCUGAUUACAUUUCACAUUUUCAAGAACAAAAUGAUUUAAAAGGAUUACUAGAAAAUCUCCAUCAAAAUAUCCAAGCCAAAAAAAGAAAGAAUGUAGAAAUCAUGUGGCUGGCUGCAACGAUUUGUCGCAAACUAAAUGGUAUUCGUUUCACCUGUUGCAAAAGUGCCAAGGACAGGACGUCCAUGUCGGUGACCCUUGAACAGUGCUCCAUCUUGAGAGAUGAGCACCAGCUGCACAAGGACUUCUUUAUUCGAGCCCUGGAUUGUAUGAGAAGAGAAGGAUGCCGCAUAGAGAAUGUACUGAAGAAUGUCAAAUGCAGGAAGUAUGCUUUCAACAUGCUACAGCUGAUGGCUUUCCCCAAAUACUACCGACCUCCAGAGGGGACUUAUGGAAAAGCUGACACCUAACUUUACCAACAUGCAAAUAAACAGGAACACAAACACGCUUCAGUCGGAUAAUCUCCACCCUUUUAACUUUUUUACUGUCACGAAUUUGUGGAGGGAGGUGAUCAGGGAUGUUUGCCCAGAUCUAGGCAUUAUUUGAAUUAGGUGUUAGCAUAUUACUCUGAAAGAAAUCCAUUUACAAAAUCUCAAGUAACAUUGUGAUUCUAGUUCUUGGUCUCAAUGCAUUGCCCCUCGCUGGCUGAGAUCAGCUCAGGACGGGGACAUUUCAUUCAUGGAGUCCCUCAGCCAGAGGCAUUCUGAGGAGAUGUAGGCUGCCACAGAGGUAGGACAGGUGACUCAAAGAGGGGCUCUUGACCUCCAAAGCGAAGACAGGAGAGGGGAAAAGGGGAGGGAGACUCAGACAUGUUAUUCCACAGCUGUUCUUACGUGUAAACUUAGAGCCCAUUUGUGGGACUUGGAAAAUAUUUUUCCAGUGAAUGAAAAUUCGGUAAUGUCAACGCAUGAACUUGACGGCAGAAGCGGGUUGCUGGUGUGCUUGUAAAGACUUGGGGCCUCUGGGCAAGAUGAGACCAGUCCUCCCGCACAGGUAGAUGACAGUGUUAGCAACACGGUGAGAGACUUUUCCACAACAUGCUAUCUUUUCAAAACUCUGAUGAGAGUCAUGUGACCCCAUUACAGAAGUGGUGAUAGAAAAAGUUGAAUAGUUUAGUAGAAAAAACAUGACGAGGAACAGCUACUGCAAGGAAAUGAAAGAUGAUCAGCCUGCUGAUGUCAAAUGUGAAAAUCCCCAUCAGCCUGAACUUUAUGUAGCCAAGUUCAUAAGAGUCAAUAAACUAUCUUUGUGAUGUUUCCCAAUAGUCCUCUUGUUACAGAAUAUAGAUGGUGGAAGUGUGCGUGUCUGGCAUAGAUGACUAUAUGUGAAUAAACAUUUUAAGACCUAUGCAGCCAUAACUAAUGAUAAACUCAAACAAUUAUUUCUGGUAACCUGAAUUUGGAAUUUAUUCUCCGGAAAAUUGCACCAUAGGUUUUCCAAAAUUCCAAAUUAGAAAUUGCUUUGGAGAUCAUCUUGUAUAAGGCCCAUGUAACUGGGUAAAUUAAAGCACCAGGAAGGGAUGCACCCCAGUCAUCCAGCUAGAUAAUUUUAGAACCAUGAUUACAAUCUCUUCUUACCUUCCUGGCCUGUGGAUUGUCUAUUCUCCAAAUUGCCAUGCUAAAAAUAUACAUGAAAAUUGUGGGAGAAUGCUAGUUAGUUAAAUAGAAUUUGGCAUUUAUUGCCAGAAUUGAGCCUUGGAGUAUAAUGAUCUGAAUAAAUGAAACCUGUUUUCUCCAGACGUUAAGAGUUUAUUCUUUUUCCUCACUCAUUGGAAGAGUAUGCUAUCCAGAGCAUAAAUCUCCCCUUGGAAAUGCUGGAGGGCUGUUACAUAGACCUCUCCUGGCUGUGCCCACAUUCAGUGGGUGAUAUUAUGGGUUUUUUUCAUAGCUAGUGUGACA